AUGUUACAGAAGACCUCCGACUCCUUCAUCGACGCCAGUUCUCUUCCACCUCUUUCUCCUCUAGCUCCGAACAUGUCAGCAAUGUCACCGCCGUCGUCAUCUUCGCCUCCAUCUUUGGCUGCUUCGUCGGUGCUGUCUUUGCCUCCGACAUCUUCUGCAGAUGGUCGAUCAACAAUUGGUGAUGACAAUGAUAAUAAUUCAUCUCAGGACUCUUUUUCUUCAUUAUUGUUUAGUGGUUUGAAGAAACUCAUGAGAUUUUUAGAUGGUAAAUGA